AUGCCGGUCGACAAGUCCAACAGUCAAGGCGGGAGCAGCCACGAGUUGGCAGCGCUCCGUCCAGGAGGUGGAGGUACCGAAGAGGACAACUCCGACAUACCCGAACGAGGACAAUGGGUCAACAAACUCGACUUCCUCAUGUCGUGCGUGGGCUACGCCAUCGGCCUCGGCAACGUCUGGAGGUUUCCCUAUCUCUGCUACAAAAAUGGAGGAGGUGCGUUCCUGGUGCCUUAUCUACUGACGCUAUUUUUCGGAGGGAUACCGACAUUCUUCCUUGAGACAUCUCUAGGCCAGUUCCUCAACAUCGGAGGUUUGGGCGUAUGGAAGAUCUGCCCAAUCUUCAAAGGCGUCGGCUAUGCAGCGGCUGUCAUGUCGUUCUGGCUCAACACGUACUACAUCGUUGUUUUGUCGUGGGCUCUGUAUUACAUCUACGUCUCGCUAGCGCCCGACCUUCCGUGGCGUACCUGCGACAAUCCGUGGAACACGGCUAACUGCCGAUCGGAGUACGAACCGCAGAACUGCACUUAUCACUGUCUUCCAGCCAACGUCGUCCGGAGCCCUGUGAAAGAGUACUGGGAGAACUCCGUUCUCCAAAUCACGAAGGGUCUCCACGAACCAGGAGACGUGCGAUGGCCCCUGGCCGCGACACUCCUGAUCGCUUGGAUACUGUGCUAUUUCUGUAUCUGGAAAGGCGUCAAAUGGACCGGCAAAGUUGUUUACUUCACAGCAUUGUUCCCGUAUUUCUUGUUGUUUGUUCUUCUCAUACGAGGCGUCACGCUUCCCGGAGCAAUGCUCGGGAUCAAGUUCUAUGUCACACCCGACCUCGACAAGCUCGGCGAUUCACAGGACGGCAUUGAAUAUUUCCAGGUCUGGAUUGACGCAGCGACACAAAUCUUUUUCUCCUAUGGACUCGGAUUGGGCUCCCUCAUCGCCCUGGGUUCCUACAACAAGUACCACAAUAACGUCUACAAAGACGCCCUGAUUGUGUCUUGCAUCAACUCGGGCACUUCCAUGUUCGCUGGCUUCGUGAUCUUUUCUGUUAUCGGAUUCAUGGCCCACUCACAGGGCAAAGAGAUCCAAGAUGUCGCCACCUCAGGACCGGGUUUGGCCUUCUUGGCCUACCCGUCAGCCGUGCUGCAGCUUCCGGUUUCACCGUUGUGGGCAGUUCUGUUCUUCUUGAUGAUCGUGAUGCUCGGUCUCGAUUCUCAGUUCUGCACCCUGGAAGGAUUCAUCACGGCUGUCGUCGACGAAUAUCCGAGAGCUUUACGACCACGAAAAGAGCUUUUCAUCUUCGGCAUAUGCAUGGCGUCGUACAUUAUUGGAAUCAGUUUCGUCACUCAAGGCGGAAUGUACGUGUUCCAACUGUUCGAGUAUUACGCCGCCUCGGGCUUUGCUCUCUUGUUCCUAAUUUUCUUCGAAGUGGUGUCCAUUUCUUGGAGCUACGGCGUUGACCGCUACUACGACCAUCUAACCGAUAUGAUCGGCUACCGGCCAUGCAUUUGGUGGAAAAUCUGCUGGGUAGCGCUCACCCCUGCAAUCUGUAUGGGAGUGUUCAUCUUCAGUUUGGUUCAAUAUCGUCCGCUGAAGUACAUCGACUACGAAUACCCCUGGUGGGGUCAGAUGUUUGGAUGGUUCCUCGCCUUAUCAUCGAUGCUUUGCAUUCCCGGUUACGCGAUAUAUCUCUUCUACGUCACACCCGGAGAUUUUAGGACGAGAUGCAAACUGCUAUUCCGGCCUGAUGUGGAUUUAGACACAGAGGUUCGGGCGAGGAAGCACCGAGAGGGUGGCGCCAAGCUGGACAGCUCGGCCACCCCCGUCUAG